AUGAUCGCGUACAUGUCGUGCAGAAGAAUAGCUCGCGAACCGAAGAUUCGACGUCUAAAAUGACAGGUCAUAGUCAUCCGGAGAAAUUAGUUUUAAUAAACAAACAUAAACAACAGGAAGGACUUCCAUGGUUUCGACAGAAUUUAUCUAUAGGAGCUCCGACCACUGUCAGACAAGUUAGUCAGGAAGAUCACACAGUUGUGCCAAGGAAGAUACCUCCACAAAAUGUUGUGCUUAGGUUGAUCAAACGAGAAAUAUAUCCUUCAAAACCUUCUGUCACACACUUCCAUGUGGCUCGAGCUUUUCAUCAAAAUGUUUUUCCAAAUUUUACAGUGGUUAAUGUGGAGAAGCCACCUUGUUUUCUGAGGAAGUUUUCGCCAGACGGUCGACAUUUUGUGGCAUUCUCAUCUGAUCAGACUUCCAUUGAGAUAUAUGAAUAUAGAGGACCUGCGGCAGCUGAGGAGUUACUGAAAGAUGUAGAUGGUGAGAUUGCUCCCAAUGGAACAGAGCAACAGCAAUUGUCCACAAAGAUUAGGAGUAAAAUAUUUGAAUUGUUCUUCACGCUCAAGCAUGUGGUUAGUGUGGCAGGAAAUGGGGAACAGUUAAACAGAGAGUGUAGCCUCUUCACUGACGACGGAAACUAUGUAAUUGUGGGUUCUGCGGCUUAUGUUCCUGACGACCCUCAUCCCCCAUUCUUUGACAUAUAUCGAAAUAAUGAAUCUGUAUCUCCAAAUCCGAGGUCACCUCUAGAAGAUUAUUCUUUGCACUUGGUUGACAUGCGUAAAGGUAAACGGUGCGAUAAGCGAACCUUUAAAACAGACAAAAUAUUUUUAUCGCACAAUCAAGGACUUUAUCUGUAUAGGGACACUUUAGCAGUCCUUUCUGUGCAGCAUCAGACAAUACACAUUUUCCAGGUGACUCCUGAAGGUUCCUUUGUGGACGUAAGGACCAUUGGACGCUUCUGCUUUGAGGAUGAUGAGUUUCUGAUGAUGUCGGGAAUGUUACAUGAAAGUAGCAGCAGAAGCAACCAGAGACCCUAUAGAGAAGUGACAAUCAACUCUCUAAAACACAGACUUUUGGCAUUUCUUCAUUGUAGGGCCGUAGCAGAAAGUUUGGAAGAGGGAACACCCAGACCUCUAAGGAAAUUCUUUCAACAUUUUGAUCAAUUUUGCCAGUUACGAAUGUGGAAAAUGCAACUGUUGGACGAAAAUCACCUGUUAAUUAAAUAUGCCAGUGAAGAGGUGAUUACUCUGAGGCUCUCUGAUCCCAAUUCUCAGCCAUCAUUCUUUGUGGUUUACAACAUGGUGACCACCAAAGUUCUGGCGGUAUAUGAGAACACGUCGGAGGAACUCUUGGAAUUGUUUGAGAAUUUCUGUGAUCUUUUUCGCAAUGCCACAUUACACUCAGAAUCGCAGUUGACCUGUUCUCCUUCUAACAACAUUCAUGCUCGUUUGAUCCAACAGAGAUUCAAACAGACUAUUAUCAAUGCUCGUUAUGGGGGUCACACUGAGGCUAUCAAGAGACUAUUGGCCCAACUGCCCAUCAGUUCUCAGUCGUACAGCAGCAGUCCCUACUUGGAUCUCUCUCUCUUCAGUUACGAUGACAAGUGGGUGUCGGUGAUGGAAAGGCCGAAAGCCUGCGGGGACUAUCCCAUCAGAUUUUACGCCCGCGAUUCUGGUCUUUUGAAAUUCAAAAUCUAUGCGGGUCUGCAAGGCAGGAAUCCCCCAGCAUCUGCCAGGAGAUUGGUGGCAUUUACCUUUCAUCCUCACGACCCCUUCGCCAUCAGUGUGCAGAGGACGAAUGCUGAAUAUGUCGUGAAUUUUCACAUUCGUCAUGCAUCCACGGUGUGACUUCCAAAUUACUGAAUUUUGUUACAGACCCCCUUUGUUGUUGUGUAAAUAAAUUUUAUACAGAAAAUGUU